CCUCAGGGUUGACGGAGACAGCUGGUCCUGCCCUGCUGCAGAAGGAGCUGACAGGGGGGACGACGCACCGCCUCCGGCCGCAGCCACGGACACGGGCCGGGGAUGGCGUCGCUCGGCGUGGGGCUGCAUCUCAUCCGCAAACGCGGAGCAGGCAGGAGCGCCGCGGUGGAGAGGAGGAACCUGCUCACGGUGUGCAGGUUUUCAGUGAAGACUCUUCUGGACCGCUCAUGUUUUGAGACAAUAGAUGACUCGUCUCCAGAGUUCGUUAACUUUGUUUCCAUCCUGGAGCACAUCCUCAGUCAUCGACUCAAAGGCCAGACAACGUGGUUUGGCUAUGAGAGUCCUCGGAGUUUCUGGGAUUACAUAAAGGCUGCCUGCAGUAAAGUCCCUCAUAAUUGCAUCCGGAGCAUCGAGAGCAUGGAGAAUGUGCGAUCUUCGAGGGCUAAAGGCAGGGCGUGGAUCAGAGUGGUGCUGAUGGAGAAACGAUUGUCAGAAUACACCUCAUCAGCACUGAGGGACUUCAAAACGACCAGGAGGUUUUAUGAGGACGGAGCGAUCAUGCUGGGAGAGGAGGCAGGGCUGUUAGCAGACACGCUCAUCGGACUCAACACCAUUGACUUCAGCUUCUGUCUGAAAGGAGAGGGUGUGGACGGCAGCUGCCCCGCAGUAAUCGACUACACGCCUUACCUGAAGUUCCCUCAGAGUGCGGACAGCAUCAGCAGUGACGAGGAGGAGAUGAGAACUCUAGGGAGCAGCGGUAGUGAAAGCAGCACCCCCGACAAAAUGGCCACUGCCGCCUCCAUCUUCACCGAGCAGAGCAACUUGGUCAGCAAGUGCAAACGAUUUGAGCAGAAGUAUCGCAUGGCACUGGAGCAGAAGGGUUACCUGGAAGAGCUGGUCCGUCUCCGAGAAGCCCAGCUGUCAGAAGCUGUGUCUCACAACAAAGCUCUUCAGCAGAGCCUAGCAGACAUGCAUGUCUCCCACACACUGGAGAAAGAACAGCUCGAGUACAUCGUACUGGAACUACAGGACCAACUGACAGUGAUGAAGAACAACGAUUUGCGGUCCAGACAAGAGUUGACAGCCCAUCUGACCAAUCAGUGGCCAUCUCCUGUCGCCCUGGAUGCCAACGCCGUUGCCUUGGACACGCUGCUGUACAGGAAGAACAGGGGACAGUGGGAGGAGUAUGCAGAUCAGUUGACAGCUUCCAGGAAGAGUUUCCAGAGUCUGGAGCAGCUGUCCGCAGACAUGAGCCUUUCUCAGACAUCUCUCGAGCCAUCACACACACACAGUCUGGAGGCCAGGUCGGCCAGCACACACUGGCCCCACCAAGGUAAAGAGGAAACUCCAUCCCUCAGAGGUCUGUGUGGCUCCCUGACCUCAGUUGCCAGCUACAAGUCUCUGGCCAGCCUGAAGUCCAGCGAGUGUUUGGCCAGUCCUGCAACAGAGAUCAGCAGCCCAGGCGUCACACCUUCAUAGGGAAUGGAGAGCUAAACGGAUCCCCACCAGGGCCAGACAAUCCAGGAAGUUUCUAAAUGUAGGUGAUUGAUAUGCUUGUUUGUAGAAGUUUAUGUUCUGUAUGUGGAGCCCAGAGCUGUAACAGAUUGAUGCCAGGUUUGCAAGUUGUGAAUAGGGUUAAAACUCAAGACCAGCUCCAUCAGACUGAAAGUCUCAUUAAUCUACCAUUCAGCUGAAACAACCUCUGACUCUUUAAAAGAGCAACUGCAGCUGUAACUUCAAUAAAUUUGUUUGUUUUGUUUGUGUUUUUUAACCUGUGGAGCAUUGGUUUUCUUUUCCCUUCUUGGAAAUACAUUUAAAAAAUAGAAAGUUAAUGUAAGAAUUACCAAGUCACUUUACAGUAUUGAGAAGACAGUGAUGAGCAAGUGUUUUCACCCCUCUGGAAAGGGGGUGGUUUCCCAGGAGAUUAUCGCAUGCUGAAAAUACUGACAAUAGAUCAGAGAAAACAUAAAACAGCCUUGGUCAGUGAUUAGUCUCGUCACUACAAAUCAUUUCCUUUUAUUAUCUUCUGUGCUGCUGCCAUUAUUUCUUAAAUUUUUUUAACUCUAGCAGUUUCUUUGAUUUAUGAUGGUAAUGGUUCAUAAGUUAUGUCAUCAAAGUUGCAUAUAAUGUAGUCAAUGUUCUUGCGCUUUUGUCAGUCUCUUUAUUUAUUUCAUCAGUUUUAUGUUGUCAGUGUUGUAUCCCAUGGUUUCAUUCUCAGGUAAUAAUCACUGAUUUGAUAUUCAGCCUUCAGUUCUGGGUUUACUUUACAGUUCAGCUGUAUCAGACACAGACUAUUGUUCCCUUUAAAUAUUAAAAUGCAGUAUUUUAAUUGCUAGUUACCACUAAUAGAUCAUUCCUUAAACUCUGAAUAACAAUCUGUGUUAUGACUCUUGCAGCAGAUAUUGAGAAUGAGAAACAAAUUUAUUUGGAGAGUAUUAGUAUAUUGUAGUUUGUAUUAUUGGUGACUAGCCGUGUACCUCGACACUGAACUCAUGACUUUGCCUUUAGCUUGUUUCAGCAAUCAUUUGCACAGCCGUACAGCAGAUGUUUUAUUGGAUUUGUUUGCCUUUUUAUCAUUUUGAAUAAACUCCACUUAUUAAAACAGU